UCAGAAUAAAAGCUCAAAUCAAACAUUCCCAUUGGCUAACGUCGUGACGUCAAGACACGAGCACUCAGUACGGAGUCACAUGAAACGUUUCACUGCAGGUUUAUUUACGGUUUUCCAGGCAUUUUGCUGUGAAAAUACUUGCCAUUAGUACUGAAACUGCUCUAUAAUCUGCAGGAAGUUUAAAAAUUCAACAUGGACGAGGACGGGCUGCCUAUUGUGGGUUCUGGCGUCGAUCUUACCAAGGUUCCUGCUAUUCAACAGAGAAGAGUCGUUGCCUAUCUCAAUCAGUUUGUUGUGCACACGGUCCGGUUCCUUAACCGUUUCUCCACAGUUUGUGAAGAGAAACUUGCAAACAUAUCUCUUCGCAUACAGCAGAUUGAAACAACCCUGUGCAUUCUGGAAGCAAAGCUGUCCUCCAUUCCCGGGCUGGAGGGUGUCACGAUAGAGGGACUCAGUCAGCGGCAACCUGCUCAGACCAAUGGACCCACUACUGCCAGUCAGAACCAAACAGGUGGUCCACCAGCAGGGACGCUGCCUCCCUCACAGCCCACUCAGACUGCUCCAGAGCCUGCAACGACACCAAAAGCGGAAGCAGCUGCAGAUAUCAUGACAGUGGCCAAGGACCCACGCUAUGCCCGAUACCUGAAAAUGGUUCAAGUGGGAGUUCCAGUUAUGGCUAUAAAGAAUAAAAUGGUCCUGGAGGGUUUGGAUCCUAACUUGCUUGACACACCAGAUGCCCCCGUGCCUGACAGAGGAGUGAGGAGCACUGAGGAUCACGAUGUUGCUGCCACCAGCUCUGACAGCGAAUCAUCUUUCAGUGACUGACAUCCGUCCCCAUCACCCACAAAGGUUCCUGUAAAGGGCAUCCAUCGCUACUCUGAGCUUCUGUAGGCCUGUACUAAGAAGGAGAUGUAGGUUGCAGUGUUCCUGUAAGUGAGUGCCAGUCAAAAGGUGCUUAAGUAAGUGCCUGAAACAGGAAACUCCAAGCAGAGCGAUUGUAAUUUCAAUGGAAAAGCGUUGAAAUGGUUUUGCUUACAAUUAGUCAGUGACCUCCUCCGUUUUGAUACAUUUUGCAUUUUUGACUAAUUCAAAAAGAGGGAAUAAUUAUCCCUGUUGAUUAUGUUAGUUAUCAGAAUUCAGAACAUGGAAGUAGCAAAGGGGGGGGGGGGUUUGUACAAAAAAGUGUAGAACGUAAUUGCUCUUCUCUUUGGUUGUCACACUACUAUCUCAGUCUAAUGCCUUUUAAGAGAUGCACUCAUCUGUUGAAAGUUAUUCAAAAAUGUGGAUACUUUGAAUGUUUAGCAUACGCAUUGUAAUUCUGUGUGUUAAGACCAGGGGAAAAAAAAUCACCACAAUCUUUGUCAAUCUUUUGUAUAUUAUCAUAAUACCAGCUUAAUAGGAAGGAAAAACACGCGCCUUUUAGCAUGACAUUUUUCAUCCU